UCUGAUGGGUUCGGCGUCCGAAGAUGAUGAUGACGAUGACAACAGUACGGCGUCUUCAGUUUUGAAACAUCAUUCAUUACAUGGCUCCCUUCCACCUGCACCUGGAGAAACGAACAACAAUUCCUUGCCUCAUUCAGAUAUCAGCAGCUCAAUAGGACAGGAUUCGAAAACAGGCCAGGAUGACUCCGAAGAUCAAACGUCAUUGGACGGCGACCCAGAAACAAGAGAUUCACAAACGGAAAACAAAAGUCCUGAUGAUAGUGGAGCUGGGUCGAAACGCAGAGGGCCCAGAACGACGAUUAAAGCAAAACAGCUGGAAAUACUAAAGACUGCCUUCUCUCAGACACCGAAACCGACUAGGCAUAUACGAGAGCAGCUUGCGAAAGAGACUGGAUUACCAAUGAGAGUUAUUCAGGUGUGGUUUCAAAACAAAAGAUCCAAAGAGCGACGAUUAAAACAGUUGACGUCGAUGGGUCGGGGUCCAUUUUUCGGUGGUUCAAGAAAAAUGCGAGGCUUCCCUAUGAACCUUUCUCCUGGAGGCUUAGAAGACGGCCCACCAGGAUUUCCGUAUUUCGCUGAUGGUAAAUUCGAAUUCGGCUAUGGAGGCCCACCUUUCCAUCCUCAUGAUGGACCGUUUUUCGCCGGACACCAUCCGGGAGGAGGACCUGGAGGACAAGGUUUACCUUUUGGACAAGGAGGAGGACCAAUGGAUCACUCAGGACCAAUUUCUAUGGGUGCUGGAGACUUUGGAGGAAUGCCUAACGAACAAAACCAAUUCAUGCCACAACAAGGUCCAGGACCUGACAUGAUGCAGGGUAAUGGUGGCGGUAGGGGUGGAAGUCCCGAAUUCAUGUCUCCUGGAAAUUUCUCUGACAACCCCCAGCAACUCAGUGAAGGAUUGGUGUGGUAGCUGGCAAAGGCUCUGGCGAAAAGAGCCAGAGAAUGAAAUUUUUAUUAUCAGCGAAGGUGAUAGCUAUCGUUCAAUGAUCUACGUUGAAUUGGUGUUUAUGGAGAAAAGUCAAGGAUGCAAACUGAAUUCGAGUUGAGAACUAUUCCAAACAGUUUAUUAUUUCUGAUCAUUUACAUUUCAUGUAGUUCAUAUAUUAUGCCAUUUCUGAAUCCUAGAAAAUCAAAAAUUUAUUGAAUAAUGUUUGUUACACCCAUCAACGCACUGUACACAAAAUUCAAUUGAAGCUUAUAUAUUUCUGGAUUGACCCAUAGUUUUCGUAAUAUUUUGCAUAUGUUGAAUAUUUGGUAACUCCGUGCAAUUUGAAUAUUUGUGAAAUGGAAUUCACCUGUUAUCUGUUUUUAUUAAAAAUUGUUUGUACAUAUAAUUAGUUUAAAAAUAGUAUUUGUUUCAUAAAAUAAUGAAAUUUGUAAAUACUCCCCCACUAUUCAUUAUUUUAUAGAACUCUUCUUGGUCCCGUGUAAUGUUUUGUACAUUUUCCAAAUCCUAAACUUAACUAAGUGCCAAGCAACAUGCAGAAUGACAUUUUCAUUGUUUCAUAUAUCUUACUACAUUACGAACCCCAAGCAGAAAACUCACAUUAUUCAGGGCUGCUCUGCUAUUUUAUACUAUGAAUCUGUCAGACUGUUAAUCCGUAUUUAUGUAUAAAAACUAAUGUACUAUUUAUAAAAUGAAUGUAUAAAGAACAAAGUAGUUAUAUCCUUGUAUAUAUUUGGAGUAUUAUUACAUGUUAUGUUGAAAUUAUUGAGAUACUUUUCUCGAGAAUAUCGACCUGUUUGCAUGUAGCAGGUUGAUUUUCUUGAAAUAUCAAUGCAGAUACUUGCCUAGUUGUCGUACAAAAUAUUUGUACAAAACUAUUAAUUGCUGUAAAAAAUCCAUCCGGAUAUGCAUAUAUUAGUGUAAAUUGUUAAUAUUAGAUGUCUUAAUAAAUCACACAUUCUAUAUUAAA